GGGUAAUUGUUGAACACAAACUGGGUAAAAUAGCACUGUAACAUGUUAAACGAUUACGAGAUCAAUGAUUCAUGCUAAACGGCGUUGACCGGCAAAUGGUAUACGCUGUAACUUUAUGCGAGUAAAGUAUAUACUGAAUUAGGAAUUGGAGUCAUCAUCUUAUCACUUCGUCGCCUCCGGCUAUCACCGCCGCUUGGGCCCCAGAAACGCUACUCAGCUCACGGCGGAGGAGUGGGAGGCUGGUCUUAUUAGAGGCGGGAAUCGAUUGGAUCGCAGAAGCAAUGGCGAAGGAGACGACGUUGGUACACUCCCCGUUGGUGACAUACGCAUCGGUUCUCGCACUACUAAUCUGCUGCCCUCCCUUUGUCAUUCUACUGUGGUAUACUAUGGUACAUGCUGAUGGUUCUGCAUUGCAAACGUGGAAUUUCCUAUAUCAGAAUGGCCUGAGAGGAUUCCUCAAUAUUUGGCCGAAACCCACGGCAAUUUCUUGCCAAAUUAUUGCUUGUUAUGCAGUCUUUGAGGCUGCUCUUCAGCUUCUAUUGCCCGGAAAACGGGUUGAGGGACCAAUUUCUCCCACCGGAAACAGGCCUGUCUACAAGGCAAAUGGUGUGCUAGCAUAUGCAGUGACAUUGGCUACAUAUUUAAGCCUUUGGUGGUUUGGGAUAUUCAAUCCUGCAGUUGUUUAUGAUCAUUUGGGAGAGAUCUAUUCCACACUCAUUUUUGGGAGCUUUAUCUUUUGUAUUUUCUUAUACAUUAAAGGUCAUGUUGCACCGUCCUCCUCUGAUUCUGGUUCAUUAGGAAACAUAAUUGUUGACUUCUACUGGGGGAUGGAACUAUAUCCUCGUAUUGGCAAACACUUUGAUAUCAAAGUUUUCACAAACUGCAGAUUCGGCAUGAUGUCUUGGGCAGUUCUAGCUGUGACUUACUGCAUAAAACAGUAUGAAGAAUAUGGAAAAGUUGCUGAUUCCAUGCUUGUGAAUACUGUACUGAUGUUGGUGUACGUAACAAAGUUCUUCUGGUGGGAAGCUGGGUACUGGAACACAAUGGAUAUUGCUCAUGACAGAGCUGGUUUUUAUAUAUGUUGGGGGUGCUUGGUUUGGGUUCCAUCAAUUUAUACCUCUCCUGGAAUGUAUCUUGUCAAUCAUCCUGUUGAUCUUGGACUUCAGCUUGCACUUUCCAUCCUCCUUGCUGGCAUUGUUUGCAUAUAUAUCAACUAUGAUUGUGAUAGGCAGAGGCAAGAAUUCCGUAGGACAAAUGGUAAAUGCACUGUUUGGGGAAAAGCCCCAACAAAGAUAAAUGCCUCUUAUAAAACAGAAUCGGGUGAGACGAAGACGAGCCUUCUGCUGACAUCAGGAUGGUGGGGUUUAGCUCGGCACUUCCAUUAUGUCCCUGAAAUAUUCGCUGCAUUUUUCUGGACGGUUCCAGCUCUUUUCAAUCACGUUCUUCCUUAUUUUUAUGUUGUGUAUCUCACCAUCCUACUCUUUGAUCGGGCCAAGAGGGAUGAUGAUCGGUGCAGAUCAAAGUAUGGCAAGUUCUGGAAAUUGUACUGUGAAAAGGUGCCAUACCGGAUAAUACCAGGAAUUUACUGAGGGCUUGUUUUGAUUUAUUAACAAUGUAGCCUCAACAGUUUGUUGGAGCUCUGAGGAUGAUUAUGCGUGUCUCCCUUUAUAAUCUAUGUACUUGUAAAACUAAAGCUUUUUGUGUUUAUUUAACUUGAUUGAGCACAAUGAUCGGCUGCAAUUACAAAUUGGAGAUUGUUUUUUUUCUUUUUAGAAAAAUAAAAACAUAGAGAAUGAGAAGCAUCAUCCGUCUCAUUUUGGUUGUCUUACUUUCUAUUUAGAAUUGCCCCAAAAUGAAUGUAAUGUUUCCUCUUUUGACAAGGAUUUUGUGAUUCAUAUCAUUUUAUUUUAUUCUACUCAAAUUUCAAU